UUGUUUGUUCUUUAUUGUCGUUUGAGUUUUGAUUUGUAAAUAGUGAACAUGCUCCGAUGUUUUACUUAUCUGAUUUAACUUUACUGAUUUUGAUUAUUCAUCUAAUGUUGAAUUUUUUUGGCGCAGUUUCUAUCAGGCCCUAGCGCGAGAAUGAAAAUUGAUUUGUCAUUGAAAGGAAGAAGUGCAAUUCGGGGAUGUUGUCAAUUGGGAUUGACGCCAGGGCAAAAUAAAACGAAGAAGAAGAAGGUUUGUGGGUUAUGGUCGUUGCCAGAUUCGGUGGUUGUGAACUGCCUUGCUCAGUUGUCGAGAUUGGACCUCGCGGCCUUAGCUAUCGCCUCCAAGAAUCACCGGUCUCUGGUGGUUUCCCCUGAGCUCAGGGACUUGAGAUGGCAGCAGCGUUGCAUGGAGCCAUCUCUCUACGUAUGCUUGCGCAUCUUUCCAGAACCAAGCCCACGCUGGUUCAUCCUCCACCCCAUGCAACGUUGGCUGAAACCGAUCCAUAUGGACUUGUAUCAGGCUCCGAAAUCAGCCUCCUCUUUUGUAGUGAUGGGUUGUGGCAUAUUUAUUAUUGGUGGACUCGUAGACGGCAAACCCACUUCCGAAGUCUCCUUUUUCGAUUGUUUCGAGCACAGAUGGUAUCGCAUGCCGCCAAUGAAGAUGGCUCGUGCUUCCGCAUCGGCAAGCCUGAUGACAGAUUCGAAGAUAUAUGUGUUUGGAGGGUGCGGGGAAGAUGUCGCCAAUUCCUCAAACUGGGCAGAGGUGUUUGAUGUCACUACCCUAACUUGGGGUUUCUUGUAUGUGUUUACGCCCAAGAUGCCCCUUAAUAUCCAACAAAGUGUGGUAAUGAUAAAAGAGAAGGAGGUUUACGUAGUGGAUGAGGAUGGUCAAAACUUCUCUUUCUCACCAAGUAAAUGUAUGUUUGUGGCAAGGGGCAAAACAGAUUCUAUACCAGGAAACAUUUACAGAAACGAUUGGUGUGUCAUUGGGACAUUCUUAUUUUGUCGUGGUACUCGCGGAAGAAUAUUGUGGUGUUUGCCCUAUGAGUUGCAUUGGAAGGAAGUCAAGGGUUUGGAAGAACUGCAACAGUGGGGAUUUGAUAUCACCAAACUUUGCACCAACCCUGCUGGGAAUAUUGUUAUCUUUUGGAAACCGCAUCCUCAAACCGCAUAUAUCUCUAGCUUUCUACUCUUGUGUUCCUCUCGUUUGGCAAAGUAAAUUCUGAUAUCUACAUAGAUUUUAACAUGUUAUUUGAUA